AUGGCAGCUGUGAGCCCCACAGGUGCUCCAGGGCCUAGCAGCAUGUCAGACCCACUCCUAGGGGAACCUUCUGCCCCAAAUGCUGCACCAACCGCCUCCAGCAGUGGUGUCAGAGCCCCUAUUAGCAGGCUUUCAGGGGUUCAGACGGCUCUUCGGGGGCCUGUAUCUAUAGGGAGCCUUAUUCCCGUUUCUCCUUGUCCGCCAUUGGCUUUCGAGAGCCGCAUCCAGUCUGUAGAUAUCAUUGCUGCAUCUCCGCACAUCUUAGCCGCUUCAGGGCGCUGCGGAUGGAGCCCAUGCUGUUCUGGAGCCAACGGCCCUCCUUUUGAUUGGAUUGCAUUGCUGCAUUCAGCAUCCAGGUCUCUCAGUACUGCCCCUUCCGCUGCCGCAGUGGAAGAAGCAGCAACUCCAUACCUGAGCUCGGAUGAGCAUGAGAGAGCUGUGCAGCUGUUGCGUGCCCUUCGGUCUGGUACUGUGCCGAUCGGCGAGACCGCAGAUUUAUCGACGUUGGUGCAGCAUAAUGCAGUUGUGUUUGGGGGCGUGAAAGAGGUGAACUCAGCGUAUAAAAGCGCCUGGCUGUGUAUAUACGCUUGUUUGGUGCUCGCUUUGCUUCUGGCACCUCUAGGGUGGGUUUUGGUGCUGUUGCUCACCAUCUCUGCAACUGUACGGCGCACACUUGAUGAAUAUGUGCUCUAUUGGAUGGGCCAAACAUGCAGCAAAGUUAAUUUGCUCCUCUUUCCAUGCGGCGUGGCAUUGAUGCUGCUUGAAGGAUCUGCUGAACCUGCAGCUGUCUCCCCCGAUGCUGCCGCUGCUCUAGUGGACGUUGAGCUUGCUCAGCCCUAUGCUCUGGGGGCCUCCCGUGAGGGUCUUCAUGCUUCCUCGGGAGAUAACGAUACACCACAACCAGCAAACGGAGGGCAGCCGGGACCAAGCACCUCCCCAGCAGAGCGCUCUGGGUCAGUCCACGGAGCACACGCAGGAAUCCAUCAUAGCAGAGCCAGGGGCGAAGUAACCCGCUUUAAUUCAUUGAGGUAG